AGAAGGUGCGGACGGAGAGGAAGAAGCUGUGAGUAGUGGAUCCCAGCGGAGCGCCUUCUCCUCCUCGGGGCUCCCGCUCUGCUCCUCCCAGAAAUGGGUCUCGCAAUGGGCUGAGCCUCCCGGGCUUCCCCUUCUCCUCCGUCCGUUCCCACGUUCAGGCGGGCGACACGUGUUUGGACAGGUCCUUCCCUCAGAGCUUGCCACAAUGUCACCUGAAGAAAUCAUCUACUUGUCAGUGCUUCUCGUCUCCAUCCCAAUCGGUUUUUUCUUCAAAAAAGGGGGGCCAAAAGUCAAGCAAUUUGGAGGAGCGGCUGCAGGCCUUGGGCUGACACUGGCCACCUGUCACAUCCACACCCUCCACUCGCUCAUCACAAUCCUGGGAACAUGGUUUAUUAUCAACAUCUCACCAAGGUCUUGCCACUAUCUGACACUUGGAUGGACCUUUUCCUAUCUGCUCUUUUUCCGCACAGUGACCUUCUUUGACUUGCCAGAGCCAACCCCUUUCACCAAUGCCGUGCAACUUCUGCUCACUCUCAAGAUGGUGAGCUUAGCCAAUGAAGUGCAAGAAUUCACACAGGCGAAAAAACAGGAAGUGACAUCAUUUUCAAAGUCUUCUGUGAUUGGUGUGAUUCCCAAAAUGCCUGGACUCGUGGAGAUCCUGUGCUACAGUUAUUGCUAUGUGGGACUCAUGACAGGUCCAUUUUAUCGUUACCGUACUCACCAUGAUUGGCUCAACCAGCCUGAUUCUUCAGUCAUCCCGAGCUGGCAACCACUGCUUUCCAGAGCAAAAAUGAUCCCCAUUUUCGGGGUGUUUUUCCUGGUGGUCUCCCACUUCUUCCCUCUUAAUUAUGUCCGAAGCGAUGCCUUCUACGAACGAGGGCUUCCUUUUCGCCUCUUCUACAUGGUGCCCAUCUUCUUCAUCUUCCGCAUGCGCUUCUAUGUGGCCUGGUUGUGCGCUGAAUGCGCCUGCAUUGCAGCUGCCUUUGGUGCUUAUCCAACUGCUGCCAAAUCACGGUCAGGUGGAGGACCGACUGUAGAAUAUGAGCCACUUAGCAGCAGAUCAGCUGAUGGGGAAGCAUCCACAAUCACCUAUGAUUAUGAAACAAUCAAGAACAUUGAUCCACAUGGCACAGAUUUCUGUGUCAAGGUGAAGGAUGGCAUGCGCUAUUGGAACAUGAGUGUCCAGUGGUGGUUGGCACAAUACAUCUACAAAAGUGCACCUGUCCGGUCUUACGUCAUGAAGAGCGCCUGGACUAUGCUCAUCUCAGCCUACUGGCAUGGGAUUCAUCCUGGCUAUUACCUCAGCUUCCUUACCAUUCCACUGUGCCUCGCAGCAGAGGGUGCCAUGGAGAGUGGGCUCUUGAAACACCUCUCCUCUUCCGGACGUGUCUAUGGUGACUGGGUGCAGUGGUUCCUGAAGAUGAGGGCCUACGACUACAUGUGCAUGGGUUUUGUGCUGCUCACCUUUGAGGACACCGUUCGUUACUGGAGCUCCAUCUAUUAUUGCAUCCAUGUAGUAGCUGUGGCAUUCUUCCUUUUGGGAAAAGUGUUGGGCUUCAGGAGGGGGCAGGGCUCCCAGAAGGCCAAAGAUGGAGCUGUGGAGAACCCCCAGCACUUUGAGUAACAAAGCCAAGACAAAGAUGACACAAGCUUACGACUGAUGGCACCAGAAAGGAACCAAUCCUGAUGCCAACUGGACCUCCAAGUUAAAGGAACACACAGCAUGAAAUAGAAUAAUAGAUGGAGAGCCGUGAUACAAGCGCUCCCACAGGCCCUGGAGGCCAGGGAAGAAUUCAGUAUAAGACUGUUUUUAAGUGUUUCACUAUUAAAUCUACAGCUGGAAAAUCCAAGAAUAGGAAACAGGAACUGAGCCUCAAUAUCCUCCCUUCUCCCUUGCACCCAUGGAGCACUUAGGAAUCAUGGCAUAAGCUGCUUUCUGUGAGAACUUACUUGACACUAGUGAGUCCUCAGGGGGAGAAAUCUUAGAAUUCUUAUUAUCUAAUUGCUUUGCUUACUUUAUUUUCUUUCUAUCUUUCCUUGCCCUCCCAGAAAGCUUAGGAGCCCUGGUUCUUAGCAUCUCUCUACUUUUCUUUUUCCAAGUUUCCAUUUCCGUUUUUUAAUUUUUAACCUAGCUCCAAACCUCAGCAGCUUUACUGAGGACAAGCUGAGUCCUUGCAAUAAUGAGUUGAGCUCACCUGCUUUCCAACACUCCGUUGUUUUCAUAGGGUCUUUUGUAAUGUCACACUUGUAUCAUUGAAAGCAUGUGGUGGGUUUGGAAGGAGGAUUUAGAGGUUUGCUACUGUGUGGUAUAUCAGCUGAUCAUGGCAGGGUGUAAAAAUGUGUUGAAAGUCACAACCAGAUCAAGUGUGUUUGGAGAUACUUUUGCAGUAUAUUGUGCAAAAAUUUGUGAGGCUCUUGCUUAGCCUAGAAUCAGUGAUACCUCAAUAUGGAUGAGAUUCUGAAAGGUAAAAAGGCACCUCCAGGCCUGGAACAUGGAACUGCAAAAGAAUGAUAUAAGAAUCAUGUUCUCCUAAUUUGCUGAACAGUUACUAAGGAAAAUGAAGUUCUCCAUAGAAAAAGUGAUAUAUUUAAAUGCAUCAAUUUUCAAUUACGAGGACCUGAAUCAAGCCAUGACGGUUGAGCUUUUGGCUGCAAAUUACAGCUCUAAGACAUACAAACUCUAAAAAUACGUAUUUGAAGAUGUGAGUCUUGAAAACCUGGUUUUGCGCAAGGGCCAUGCUAAUCUUCUCUGUAUCGUUCCAAUUUUAGUAUAUGUGCUGCUGAAGCGAGCAAGGAUAACAUCUUUCUAUUAAAAAAAAUCUCUGAAACCCUGUGAAAAUAUUUUGUGGCCCAGGCUGAUUCCUAACUGCAGAAUAAAAAGUUUUAUUAAGAAAA